AAUUAAAAAGCCUACCUAAAUGUUCACAUGUUUUCUGAAGCAAAGGGCUGGGGAUGUUAGUGGAGGAACCUUUUCCCAUCUAUCUUGACUUCACCUUUUUGUACCGUUUUCAACGUUAAUCAAGAUGGCCCAGUGGAUCCAGCUGCAGAAAUUAGACUCCAAGUACCUGGAGCAGUUGGACCAGCUGUAUGAUGAUACUUUCCCCAUGGAGAUCCGCCAGUACCUCAGUGCGUGGAUUGAGAGCCAUGACUGGGACACGGUGGCAACCAGCGUUUCCCUGGCGAUGGUCCGUUUCCAUGACCUCUUGGGCCAGUUGGACAACCAGUACAGCCGCUUCGCCCUGGAGAACAACUUCCUGUUGCAACACAAUGUACGCAAGAUUAAACGCAAACUGCAGGACCACUUUCAGGAGGACCCUUUGCACAUGGCCAUGACUAUAUGUAAAUGUCUGAAAGAGGAGAAGAAAAUCCUGGCCUGUGCCUUAAAAAAAGAGGAAAACGUUCGGUCCACACAAAACAAUGUGGUGUUGGAGAAACAGAAAGAGUUGGACAACAAUGUCAAAGACCUGAGGAACCAAGUGCAGGAUGUAGAGCAGGAAAUGAAGUCACUGGAGGACCUACAGGAUGAACAUGACUUUAAGAAGAAGACCCUGCAGAGCCGAGUGGAACAAGAGGUGAAUGGGAUGACACAGUCACCGGUGGUACAGAAAGAGAUCCGUGAAGAGGAGAUGGUCAUCAGAGAGAUGUUCAUCACACUCAACAUAACCAGAGAGGUGGUGGUGCAUCAGAUAGCUUACAUCCUGAACUUGGCCGAGCAGAUCCAGUACACCCUGGUGACAGAGGAGAUACCUGAGUGGAAGCACAGACAGCAGAUUGCGUGUAUCGGUGGUCCACCUAAUGCCUGUCUAGAUCAGCUACAAACCUGGUUCACUGCGGUGGCAGAGGGCUUACAGCAGGUACGCCAGCAACUGAAGAAACUUCAGGAGCUGGACCCCAUCACUCAGGGCAAAAGCACUCUGGAGGAACGCGCUCUCGUCCUGUUCAAGACCCUCAUUGUCAAUUCUAUCGUGGUGGAGAGACAGCCCUGUAUGCCCACUUACCCCCAAAGACCUCUGGUGCUGAAGACUGGGGUGCAGUUCACUGUCAAAGUCAGACUGCUGGUGAAGCUUCAGGAGUUGAACUACCAGUUCAAAGUCAAAGCUCUGUUUGACAAGGACGUGACUGAGAGGAAUGCAGUGAGAGGGUUCCGGAAAUUCAACAUCUUUGGAACUAAUACUAAAGUUAUGAACAUGGAGGAGUCCAAUGGAAGCUUGGCAGCAGAAUUCAGACACCUGCAACUAAAGGAGCAAAAGGCUACAGGCAACAGAACAAACGACGGUCCUCUCAUAGUGACAGAGGAGCUCCACUCCAUCAGCUUUGAGACACAACUCACUCAGCCAGGACUCCAGGUCAACCUGGAGACGACGUCCCUGCCCAUUGUGGUCAUCUCCAAUAUUAGCCAGCUGCCCAGCGCCUGGGCCUCUGUCAUGUGGUACAACAUGCUGACCAGUGAGUCCAAGAAUCUGCUGUUCUUCCUGAGCCCGUCCCAGGCCACCUGGAGCCAGUUGUCGAAGGUGCUGAGUUGGCAGUUCUCCUCCGUAACCAAGCGAGGCCUCAACGACGAGCAGCUGAGCAUGCUGGGAGACAAGCUCCUGGGUCGAGAGGCUGUAGGAAAUCCUAAUGGGCUCAUCCCCUGGACCAUGUUCUGCAAGAAUGUGAACGAGAAGGGCUUUUCCUUCUGGCUGUGGAUCGAUGGAAUCCUGGACCUGAUCAAGGGACACCUCCUGUGUUUGUGGAAUGACGGGUGUAUCAUGGGCUUUGUCAGUAAGGAGAGAGAGAAGGCCCUGCUGAAGGACAAGGAGCCUGGGACUUUCCUGCUGCGUUUCAGCGAGAGCAGCCGGGAGGGAGCUGUCACCUUUACCUGGGUGGAGCACUCCAAUGACGAUGUCCAUUUCCACACGGUGGAGCCCUACACUAAGAAGGAGCUGGCCGCCGUCUCUUUCCCUGACAUCCUCCACAACUACAGGGUGAUGGCUGCCGAGAACAUCCCUGACAACCCUCUGGUCUACCUCUACCCCAGGAUCGCCAAAGACAGCGCCUUAGCACGCUACUACAGCCGCCCCACAGAAGCCGCUGAGCCAAUGGAGUUGGAGAGUGAUUCUGAUGCUGGCUACGUUAAGAGGAAGCUUAUCUCUGUAUCUGAAUUCCACGGAGAGCUGACCAGGAUUAUUAACCCUGCUGAGAUUGAUACUGUGGUGUGCAAAGCUUUCCCAAACUAACCUGCCCUCUUCAGGCAGCGCCCCUUGGAAAACUUGUUACUCCUCUGCACCGAACUGAUCUGAAGAUGUUGAUUAAAUUGAAGAGAUUUGUUGGGUUUCCUUUGUAAAUAUAACUAAAACUGUAUACAUAUGUAGUCUGUCGUUUUAAUGUACAUGCAUGAGAUUUUGGGGCUUCAAGUUCAGCUGUUUGUAUUAAGGAAUGUCAUUCUGUGUGACAGGAUAAUAUUUUGUGAAUGCAUAUGUAGUGUGAUGGUUAAGCUGUUAUAGUGAGCUUCAAAAUUAUUGGGACAUUUGACACAUUUGUUGUUGUUUUGGCUCUGUACUCCAGCACCAUGGGUUUGAAAUGAUACAAUGAGAUUAAAGUGUAGUCUGUCAGCUUUUAAUUUGAGGGUAUUUUCAUACAUAGAGGGAACCGUUUAGAAAUUACAGCUCUUUUUGCACAUAGUCCCUUAAUUUUAGGGGACCAAAAGUUAAUGUGACAAAUUCCCUUACGUGAAUUUAAGUAUUCAAGUUUAGAAUUUGGUCCCAUAAUCCGAGCACGCAAUGAUUCCAAGCUUGUGACUCCUCACACUUGUAUGCAUUUGCUGUUUGUUUUGGUUGUUUGAUAAUUUUGUGCCCAAUAGAAAUGAAUGGUAAAUGUUUGGACUUCACUGUUUAAUUUAAGGACAAAGAAGAGGGCUCACACAUGCCUGAAUAGCUUUGAUUUAUUUAACCUUGUUUAUUAAAAUAAAUAUGUGUAUAUAUUCCACUGCCAGGAGCAAUCGCACAUCUGCACAUCUGCACAUCAACUAUACCCUAAAAUAUGAACAGAAAAGGACAUCCGUGUUUAGCAAUACAUUCAGAACUGUCUUUAGUUGGAACUUUAGACUGGUCUGCAACUACUGGUGACACCUGACUUGAACCAUCUGUCCAUAUGACCUACAGGGGUUCAAACACCGGUCUUCUGCAAACCACAAUAUUGUGUUCGCCCUCUGAGCUAAAGCCUAGGCAGCUGACAAGUUCAGAUCACAGGCAAGGUUACCUUUCACUGAAUCAACAAUAGCAAAACCAAUGUCUGAUUUUGAGACCUUUCCCUGUAUGUCACGGAUACGACAGUCUUGUGUUUCCCGGACUACUGGGAGUGGUGAAGGAGGUUGAGUUUCUGUGGCAACGUGUUCCGUUAUCAUUCUUUGGCUUUCAUUUGAACAUUUUUCUAUACACAAUGUCACCGUCUCAGACAGAUCUGGGGAGUUGCUGAAAACCGGCCACGUUGCCUUACAGAGACCAACAAGUAGUGGUAGAGAUGUUAUGUACAUAGAGGACAGAGCUUUCCAAUCCACUUGAUUUUUCAUCUGUGUAUUCGUUAUCUGGAUUAGAACGUUGCGUAAGGUUAUUCCCCAUUGUGUCAAUGAAGCUGUUCUUUAUGCUACAUCGGUCUUAUGGGGGAAAAAAAUACUACCACUGUUGUUCAUUUAUAAUUUGAUCUAUUGUACAGUAUUGCUUCACGUUAACAUCAAUUUAAAAAAUAAAUAAAAACAGGUUGUAAAUUGA